UAAAACGAAGAUUCUUGAUUGUGAUAUCUAAAUUCCAAUUGAAUUUUAGUUUGAAUUCAAAAGACCAAAACCUCAAAUACUACUACUAAUAGAAAAUUUGCAAUCUUUCAGUCUGUGCAUUCCAUUCGAUAGCUAUGUCGGAAAAUCCGGUGCAACUUCUGUUAAAAGGAGUAGGCAGAGUUUCGGAGUGCAUUCAGACCAAUCUCUCUCGCUUCUUCCCGCGCCCUAAUGAUCCUUCAUCCUCGCAACCCAGAAACAAGACCCCUCUUUUAACGCUCUCCACACCCAAUCACACUCUCCAACCCGCCGAAAUUCUCAACAUGGGAAAAUCAUCAGGCCCGACAACUAAAGAAGACCUUGGAAGAGCUACAUGGACGUUUCUCCACACUCUAGCUGCUCAGUACCCGGAUAAGCCGACCAGGCAACAGAAGAAAGAUGUCAAAGAACUGAUGGAGAUAUUAUCUCGCAUGUAUCCUUGUAAGGAAUGUGCAGAUCACUUUAAAGAAGUUAUAAGAGCGAACUCUGUAAUGGCCGGAUCGCAUGAUGAGUUCUCCCAAUGGUUAUGCUAUGCGCAUAACGUUGUUAAUAGAAGCCUAGGCAAGGUUGUGUUUCCGUGUGAACGAGUUGAUGCUCGGUGGGGGAAGCUAGAAUGCGAGCAGCGCGCAUGUGACCUGCAAGGUACCACCAUGGAUUUCAACGAUGGAACAAAAUGAGAGUGUUAUAAAUAUUGCUACUGAAUUUUGUAGCCUUAAAUCAAUGGAGAGUAACUGUCACACUAUUGGUGGUGCAAGCUAUUCAUUGACAUUGUUUAUUGUCGAUCAAAGAAAUGCAAAAAUAUCAAUCCUUUCCUUUGUUA